UUAAAAUGUAACUCUCUUUGACAAACAGUUGUAGAAUAGCCUUGGGGAUUGCUGUUUUCACUAAAUUGUCACUGUUACUAAUAUUACUAUAUCUGUGCAGAUUCAUUGUAAAAGCUGUUACAAAGGCAAUCACAGAACUUCUGAAAUCAUGGCCCGCAUGCUGAGCAAGGACCCAAUGGACAUAGAGAACAUUCUGGCACUGAAUCCCCGGACUGCUUCACAUGCAGUUUUACAAUCAACAGCAGUCAAGAAGCAGGUAAAAAGAAACUGGAAACGGAAUCCUGACAAAAGCUGUUCUAGUUGCGAGAAACUGGAAAAUAACUUUGAUGACAUCAAACAUACCACUCUUGGUGAACGAGGAGCCCUUCGAGAAGCAAUGAGGUGCUUGAAAUGUGCAGAUGCUCCUUGCCAGAAGAGCUGCCCAACAAACUUGGAUAUCAAGUCAUUUAUCACUAGUAUUGCAAACAAGAACUACUACGGAGCUGCCAGAACUAUCCUUUCUGAUAACCCACUUGGCUUGACAUGUGGAAUGGUAUGUCCAACUUCAGACCUGUGUGUAGGGGGAUGUAAUUUAUAUGCAACAGAAGAAGGACCAAUUAAUAUCGGAGGAUUGCAGCAGUUUGCUACUGAGAUUUUCAAAGCUAUGAAUAUACCCCAGAUAAGAAGUCCAAUGCUGUCUCCGGUUGAUGAGAUGCCAGAAACUUAUAAGACUAAAAUUGCUCUUCUUGGGGCUGGCCCUUCAAGUAUAAGCUGUGCGUCUUUCUUGGCUCGAAUUGGAUAUUCCGACAUUACCAUUUUUGAGAAACAAAAAUAUUCUGGAGGGUUAAGUGCAUCAGAAAUCCCUCAGUUCCGAUUGCCAUAUGAUGUUGUCAAUUUCGAAAUUGAGCUGAUGAAGGACCUCGGAGUUAAGGUAAUUGAGGGCAAGGGCCUGGGAAUAAAUGGAAUGAGCAUCCAGACUCUUAAAGAAGAAGGUUUCGCAGCAAUAUUCAUUGGUAUUGGUCUUCCAGAGCCUAAGAAAGAACCAGUUUUUGAUGGUCUCACAACAGAACAAGGAUUUUACACAUCAAAAGACUUCUUACCUCUUGUGGCAAAAUCAAGUAAACAAGGAAUGUGUGCCUGUCGCUCUCCCCUUCCAUCCAUCAAGGGAGCUGUUAUAGUGCUCGGAGCUGGAGACACUGCGUUUGACUGUGCAACUUCUGCCUUACGGUGUGGUGCACGCAGAGUAUAUGUGGUGUUCAGAAAAGGCUUCACAAAUAUCCGAGCUGUUCCAGAAGAGGUCGAGUUGGCCAAAGAAGAAAAGUGUGAAUUCUUUCCAUUUCUCUCACCUCGUAAGGUUAUCCUGAAGGGUGGUAAAAUUAGUGCAAUGGAAUUCAUACGCACAGAACAGGAUGAAGAGGGAAAUUGGGUUGAAGAUGAGGAUCAGAUUGUUCUACUAAAAGCAGAAGUGGUUAUUAGUGCUUUUGGAUCAGUGUUGAGUGAUCCAACAGUUAUAGAUGCAAUGACACCUGUGAAGUUUAACAGAUGGGGUCUACCUGAUGUUAACCCAGAGACAAUGGAAACAAGUGAGCCUGGAAUAUUCACAGGAGGCGAUCUUGCUGGCCUCGCUAAUACAACUGUCGAAUCUUGUAACGAUGGAAAACAGGCAUCCUGGCAUAUACACAAGUAUAUACAGGGUCUUCAUGGGCUCUCCGUUGCCGAAAAACCUGAGCUACCUCUCUUUUAUACACCUAUUGAUUUAGUUGAUAUUCGUGUGGAAAUUGUGGGAAUGAAAUUUCCAAAUCCUUUUGGUCUUGCAAGUGCUCCACCUACUACCAGUGCACCAAUGAUUCGCAGAGCCUUUGAAGCAGGAUGGGGAUUUGCUCUAACAAAAACCUUUUCUCUUGAAAAGGAUAUAGUGACCAAUGUUUCUCCAAGAAUUAUACGUGGGACAACAUCGGGCCAUUUAUAUGGACCAGGUCAAGGGUCCUUUCUGAAUAUUGAACUGAUUAGCGAGAAGACCGCUGCAUAUUGGUGUCAGUCCAUCACUGAGUUGAAGAAGGACUUUCCAAAUCAUAUUCUCAUUGCCAGCAUCAUGUGCAGUUAUAAUAAGGAUGAUUGGACAGAGCUUUCCAAAAUGGCAGAGGCAUCUGGUGCGGACGCCCUGGAGCUAAAUCUUUCUUGCCCCCAUGGCAUGGGAGAGAGAGGAAUGGGCCUCGCCUGUGGACAGGAUCCAGAGCUGGUGCGAAACAUCUGUCGCUGGGUUAGACAAGCUGUUAAAAUUCCCUUCUUUGCCAAAUUGACCCCGAAUGUCACAGAUGUUGUGAAUAUUGCAAUGGCUGCCCAAGAAGGUGGUGCAGAUGGGGUUACAGCAACGAAUACUGUCUCAGGACUAAUGGGACUUAAAGCAGACGGAACACCUUGGCCUGCAGUUGGAAGAGGGAGCAGGACCACAUAUGGUGGAGUAUCUGGAAAUGCUAUCAGACCCAUUGCCCUCAGGGCAGUGUCUGCAAUUGCCCGUGCACUUCCAGGAUUUCCCAUUUUGGCUACUGGUGGUAUUGAUUCAGCGGAAAGUGGACUGCAAUUUCUUCAAAGCGGAGCUUCAGUUUUACAGGUAUGUAGUGCAGUGCAAAACCAAGAUUUCACUUUGAUUGAUGACUACUGCACUGGACUAAAAGCUCUCCUAUAUCUAAAGAGCAUCGAAGAGCUAAAUGAUUGGGAUGGUCAAAGUCCGCCUACAAUCCGCCACCAAAAAGGAAAAACUGUCCCCAAAGUCGCAGAUAUAAUCGGACAGAAACUUCCAAACUUUGGACCAUUUUUGGAAAAGCGAAAAAGAAUUUUAGCAGAAAAUAAAAUUGCUGCUUUGACAAAAAUUGCAGAUUUGGAAACAUCUGAGAGGAAGCCUUUUGUUCCGAAGAAGCCUAUUCCUGCAGUCAAGGAUGUAAUCGGCAGAGCCUUACAGUAUAUUGGAUCAUAUGGUCAAUUAAGCAUCCAAGAACACGUUUUGGCACUAAUUGAUGAAGAAAUGUGCAUUAACUGUGGCAAGUGCUACAUGACCUGCAAUGACUCUGGUUAUCAGGCUAUAGAGUUUGAUCCUCAGACCCACCUGCCCACUGUCAAUGACAACUGUACUGGAUGCACACUAUGUGUCAGUGUCUGUCCUAUUAUUGACUGCAUCAAAUUGGUUACCAGGACAACACCUUAUGAACCAAAGAGAGGUUUGCCCUUAACCGUGAAUCCUGUGUGUUAAGAUGACCAGUUCGACAAUUAAAAUGAACUUUGCAUCUCUCAUUGCUGAUUUACUGUCUAAUUGGAGUGCAUUAGUUGAAAUCGUAUCAUGUUAUAGGAAAAAUUACAAUUUAAAAAUGAUUCCUGUUCUAUUAUCCUUUUUCUUGUUAUUUCACUGUAACCUAUGAUAAAUAACUUAACUAUUUCUGAUUCGAAAAUCACAUCGACUUUAUGGUUUAGUCCUUCCUUUCCUGUCUAUGAAAUUAUUGCUGAAUAAAGCAAUGCAUAAUGUAUAACUGUAUCCGUUCACAGAGCAAAUAGUGUAUAAAUAAAAUUAAUGUGCUCAAUGUUUUCAGGGUUUUUUUUUCUGUGUUUCUCAAAAUUGUAAGACAUAAUUAGUUAUGUGAAAAACAAAGAAUUAAAGGGAGAAUUACUGUUGUAUACAGACAGUAGAUUUUCAAUGAGGAUUUAACACUGGAUUAAGUACUUUGUGCAGUGCGUCCACUGAUAAAACAUAAUGUAUUUCUUAAUCCCUAGUACAUUAAAGCUCAUAAUGGGUUCUGUGCAAGACGCAGUUAUUAACCAUUUACAAAAAAAUACAUUGUUUAUGCUGUAAUGGGCUUCAACUUCUUUUAAUGUUGUUUUUUUAACCUUGUGUAGAGCAACUACUUGCCUUAUUGCCUUUGCAAGCAAUUUAUUAUUUUGUAUGUUUCCAAGCGGCCAUUUUGACUCAUUCUUGUUGGAAUCUCCAUAAACCUCACAUUGCCUAACAGUCUUUAAACUUAUU